GAAUUUUUAUUAUUAUUAUUAUUAUUAAAAAAUAUAUUUUUUCAUUUUUCCCAUCUCUUCUCUCUAAAAUUUCCCCAAAACACAAAGCCUCAUGGAUCCGGUGUCUAAACCCGGUGGUGGGUCGUCGGAGGGAUCAUCCGCCGGAGCCUCGGCUGCUGCGACUACUCCGGCUCCGGCUCCGUCGAGCCGGUAUGAAUCUCAGAAGCGAAGGGAUUGGAACACGUUCUUGCAGUAUUUGAAGAACCACAAGCCGCCACUGGGUUUAGCGCGUUGCAGUGGCGCUCACGUCAUUGAAUUCUUGAAGUAUUUGGACCAGUUCGGGAAGACUAAGGUACAUGCCUCGGGCUGCCCUUAUUUCGGCCACCCGAACCCACCUGCCCCUUGCCCCUGCCCGCUCAAGCAAGCCUGGGGCAGCCUCGACGCCUUGAUCGGCCGCCUCAGAGCCGCCUACGAGGAGAACGGCGGCCGCCCCGAAUCAAACCCAUUUGCCGCACGCGCCGUCAGGAUUUUUCUCCGUGAGGUUCGGGAAGCUCAGGCCAAAGCCAGAGGGAUUCCCUACGAGAAAAAAAAGCGGAAACGACACGCCGCCUCCGCCUCCGCCUCCGCCCCUGCUCCCACCGCUGCUAUUCUGUCGGUGCCUCCAGAGACCCAUGUUGUUUUUGCCGGUGAGGAUCAUCAGCCGGAAACAUCUGAUCCAAGUGGUGCUCCUCCGCCGUCGACAACCGCCGCUUCCGCCGCCGUAUAGUCUCUUCUGCUCAUUUUUUUAUAUAAUAUUUUCGUUCAAAUAGUAUCUCAUCAUCGUCAUCAUAAUCUCCUCUAAUUGUGAUUAUGAGUUUUAAUUAGUGAUAUAAUAUAAUAUAUCGAUCCUUAAUCACUCAA